CGACACGCGAAAACGGAAGGGUCACGCACAAGUUGGCCCAAGCCCAAGCUGCUGUUGGGUUGUCAGUGUCUUUGGUGCCGGUAGAGUGGCUUCUGUUUUUUUGUGCUCUCCCCCUUAGUGAGAGUGUGUUUGAUUUUCAAUCGAACCCGGGACAGACGUAGCGUCGUCUACGGAACGGGAAGGAAGUGAAGCAAAAAAAGCACAAGCGUUUCAUACGCUCGGGUUUGGCUUUAAAGUGAAGUGGAGCGCGUUGAAAGCAGCACACAAGAAAGGUGUACGGGCGAUGUUUUCCCGUUACCCAGGCAACGGCCGGAUUGGGAAGCGUAGGCAAACGGAUUACUCGAAGCGCUUGGCGUGGUGAUGGCGUACUUAGAAGCGCUUGUUUGUCAACACACAUACGCACACACGCUGUGGUGGAAAGCGGUACUGCCUGAAGCGGCCACGAAAUUUCCCAUUCUGAGUAUCUGUUUUAAUCAAAUUACACACACAUGAAUCAUUUCGCGGGAAAAGCGGCGUACGCAUUAAUAUCUAAUUGAACGGUGACGGACGCAAAACAAACGAAAAACGGUGGUGUGCGGUGGGAUGGCCCACAGAGACUCGUCAAAUGCAUCUCCACAGCUCCACGUGUGCCUUCCAGGUCGGUUUUCCCCCGUUCUGUGUGUCGUGAGCGAGUGAAAUAAUUCAUUGCGUGCUGCAAUUCCGUGCAGGAGAUAUCAUCGUAUCUGUGUGCCGUGUGUGGCUGGACGAGACUCGACGGGAAACGGGGGCGCCGACCGUUUCGGAUUAUGUGAGUGUGUGUGCGCGGUCCAGGGGGCAACGAAAUGAUGUGGCAGUCUAUGUGCACGGUGUAGAUAACUCGCAGGUGUGUCUAGUGGCAACCAUGCCAGCAGUUUAAAUUAAUGCAAUUGUUUCUCUAAUCUGCGAAAGCAGCAAAACCCAUCCCGGUUGUGUUUGCGGGUGUGUUUAUCGGCAAAUAUUAUUGUUCAUCAAGCGGGAGGCGGCAUCUGUGCAUAAGGCAGGAAAUGAAUUCCUUACGUGUUUUGCUGCCGUUGUGACAAGUGUUCCAUUUCCCAGGAUCCUUACCCUUACCGUACAGCAGCAGAUUCUGCAUCGUUCUCCACCGGUUGGUCGUUCUUGCUCGCUCGUUCUUUAUCGCCACUUGUCCCAUUUGGAUCGUGUCUCGUACGAGUUGCCAUGGCAGCAGCAUCCUGCCGGUGAAGCGAUGUGUGUAGCGGUGGUAGUAGUAGCAGUACGGUGCAACGGCUGUGCUGUGUGAGUGUGCCUUUCGCGCUGUUGUGUGCUGCUGCUAGAUAUUGCUCCACGAGACCGGCACCAUGUCCCUUCGGCCACUUCGCAGCGUCAUCGGUUCGUCCAUCGCCUGGCGGUUGCUGCUGGUGACGGUUCUGCUCUGUGGAUUACCCCCGCCAGUGACCGGCUACUUCGAUCUGUUUCUCAACCACUCGGAAGUGAUCAAGCUGAUGGGCAUCGAGGCAGAUCUGUUUUACGUGCGGGACGGUGCGAUCAAUGACUACGCCAUGAGCUUCGUCGUGCCGAUGAAGCCCGGCAUAGACUUUUUACGCUUUUCCUGGCAAAGCCGUACAACCUACCCGCUUCCUUACACGAUAUCGGUCCACUACGAUGACAACGAGGGAGCGCUGCAGCAUCCCGAGCUGGACAUUCCGUCCAGCGGCAUCAUCCCGAUGACGGUCGAAAGCUUCACCGUGCAUCUCGUCUGCUGGGGCAACGUGACCAAGGAGGUGCCGGUUGGCAUCCAUCUGCACGUCGAGGGCCCGCCCAAGCAUAACGACACGAAGUUGAUUAUCAAGCGGAACAAAAUUUGCAUCAAAGGCAUGCAUCCGGCGAGGAAUCGUCUCCCGGCGGCUGAAAUAGCACCACAGCAAGGACCGGCUCUACUGGGAGCGGCGGCCUGUGCACUGGGGCUCGUGCUGGUCGUCGGACUCAUUGCCAGUGCGAUGUACGUGCGUGCCCGGAAGCAGAUUCGGCAGGACUCGCUACACACCAGCUUCACCACCGCGGCGUACGGCAGCCACCAGAAUGUGUUCAUCCGGCUGGAUCCCUUGGGACGGCCGCCCAGCGCGAACAGCGGUUCCUACGCAACGAUAGCGAGCCUCAACAAAUAUCCCAUCAGUGAGUCGAAAAAGUCGUGGUUUCGCAGCACCCCUUCACCGUCGCCGUACGCGACAGCGCUGCUGCCCCUCGGGCAGAACGGGACCGCCGGAACGGGGACGGAGUCGGUCUACGCCAAACCGGAAUCGGUCUGUCCAUCCCGGGUGUCCUACUACGCUUCAUCCCAGCUAACUCAGGUCUACAGCCUAUCGACGCCAGCGCGAAGCAUCCACAGCAACGGCUCGAACCCGAAGGACAAGCUGCGACGGAUUGCCGUGUCCCCGGGUACCAUCCUCUGCCAGCAGCUCGUCCAGGAGGGCACGUACGGCCGGAUCUACAGCGGCAUCCUGCACCAUCCGCUCGGUGAAACGCGUGACGUGCUGAUCAAAACCGUGGUCGACGGUGCCUCGCUGAGCCAGGUGGCUUAUCUGCUGUCGGAAGGAUCGACCCUGUGUGGCAUCUCCCAUCCCAACAUCCUGUUCCCGGUGGCGGCCGUUACCGAGCUGUCGGGGCCACCGAAAGUCGCCUACCCACUGGCGGCCAAAGGAAACCUCAAACUCUACCUGCAAAGCUGCCGGGAGAUCGGUAUUCAAAAUUCGCAGCUCAGCACCCGACAGCUGGUGGAGUUUGGACUGCAAGUAGCCCGUGGCAUCUCGCACCUACACUCGCUCGGCGUACUGCACAAGGACAUCGCUACCCGGAACUGUGUCCUAGACGUCGAGCUGAACGUUCGUGUUUGUGAUAACGCCCUGUCCCGGGACGUCUUCCCGAGCGACUACCACUGUCUGGGGGACAACGAGAACCGGCCGAUCAAGUGGAUGGCGCUGGAAACGCUCGAGAAGAAGUUCUUCACCGCAUCGAGCGACAUCUGGAGCCUGGGGGUGCUGCUCUGGGAGCUCGCCACGCUAGCCGCGAUGCCGUUCGAGGAGGUGGACUGUUUCGAAUUAUCGGCUUACCUACGGGAUGGCUAUCGGUUAGCACAGCCCGUCAACUGUCCGGAUGAGUUCUACACGGUAAUGUCCUGUUGCUGGCUUGCGGACUACAAGCAGCGGCCAUCGUUCCCCCAGCUAAUUGCCUAUUUGCACGACUUCCAUGACGACCUGGGCAAGUACAUCUAGGGUGUGGCUGCUGCCCCACACCUCGCCAGGGCUAGCCAGGUUUCGAUCAGCCCCCGGAGCGUUCGAUUGAGACAACCAGGGAGCAGCAGUGGCACAAAACAAAUGGCCGUCCCGUUUUGGCUGGAGUCGUCCGGGAAACUCCACAUCACGUCUGUGGCGGAUGCCAUACAUACGGAAGACACUUCAGCACAUCAACGCGACGUCCGCCGCUGCCGCGAUGAGAAGAGUUUUACCACAUUGCCACACAGCACAGCAAUCGACGGCAAAACGUGACAAAAUGGUAGCCGCCGAUCGAUUCGCAAAAAAAAACAGAAAAAUGCGCAACAUGUCGGCUGCGAACGCAGCUGCUGAGGGGAAUGCACAAAGAAGUGGCAUCGGAAUUGAUGCAAUAUGGAGGAGGCGAACCCGUGUACACUCAGGCCAACGCAGCACCAAGAGAAUGUUCCUCAAUUAAUGGUAAAAAUGGAAGGGUUAGACAAGAAAAAAAACCGGCCCAAACCUUCGUCAGAAACUAGAACGUAUAACUAAACUCGAGUGAAAUGACGGUGGUGGUGGUGGUGGUCGUGUAGCACAUGUUGCACCGGAAGCAACAUUGUCCAGUUAAAAAAGCACACACACACACACAGUACGUACGUAGUUAGGGGUACGCUUGAGUGUAUCGAUCGUAUCUCGAUUGAGAAAUAGCAGUUAAGUUAACGUAACAAAAAAUCGUUAUAUAUGUCGUUAAAGAAAAAAUAAAGUGGUGUAAAACGAACAAAAAAAUGAAGCAGUGAAAAUGAAAACAAAAAAACAAAACAAAAAAACAAAACGAAGCGACUAUGAGAAUAUCCGAGAGAAUGAGUGAUAAAUCAAAAUAAGCGACGACAACAAAAAUCAAAUAAAACAAAGCGGUAGCAAGUUGGAUGUUUAAAAGCGGUAAAAUCAAAAUCGAAAAACUAAAGUAACAACAAACAGCAACAACAUCAAAACGGUGUAAAGAAGACAAAAACAAACACACAGAAAACAACAGUAAAAAUACAACCCAAUUGCCCCUAAAGAUCGAAUAAAUAUACACAUGUUUACACUAAGAUGUACACAUAUUUUGUUACGUUAGUAAGUUUUUUACAUGUAUAAACACGCGUAGCCAAGCGUCACACGCAAAUACGUACAGAGCGCGAAUCAGGAAAAGCUACAAAAGCUGUAGCAGUAGCAGCGGUAGUGGAGCAUAAAAGAAAAAAUGUUUCAAACAAGAGUAACUAGCCUAACUAGCCAAACACAAACACACACAAAGCAAAGCAAAGUAAAACCUCCAAAAAACUAAACCAAACCAGGAAAAUCCAGGUGACAAAUGUGCAGAACCUGCUGGUGCUGGUGAGCUUUUCCGCGCUACAUUUACGUUCGUGGCGUUAGUUUUGCUUCGUUCCUUUCCUGCCACACGCGCACUGCACACUGUGGGAUGUAAUUUAUUUUCAUCAAACUAACCAAAACCUUCGCUCGUUUACGUGUUCACUCUUGCUUUGUUGUUUUACGUUAACCGAUUUUUCGCCUUAGCGACUCACUUUUCCGUGACCAGUUCCCUUCUACUCUGUAAUACCGUGUUUCAGCAUUCAGCAGCAAGCAACAGCACUGCAACUUUAAACCGCUAAUAAACUUUUCCACUGUGAGCUAACACACAAUUUUCAAAUGAAGUUGUAUGCCAACAAACAAACCGCCACAUAAUGAUGCCAGUUAAGAUCAGGCAAGCAAAGAACGCAACACAACACAAUGGCAUGGCAGGUUCUCCUCUUCCACGCUUCUCAUCUCACUGCUUCGUCGCUUUACAUUUCCAUUUUCACUGCUUCGAAACUAAAUUUAAUUGACAUCAAUUGACACAUUGAAAAAAGAAGAUAAAUCAAACCACAAUAUUGGAGCCAAACAGGGUAGUAGUUCUAUAACAAACAAACAAAACGAAGAAAGCUUAUCUGUUUCACUGUUUACUGAACAUAAAAUUGAGCAUGUUGUAAUGAGCCAUUUUCUCAUUCAAAGUGGGGGAAAAAACGAGGAAAAAAAAACACUAAAAUGUACCGCGCCCAACUAUUUCGCUGUGUAUGUUAAAGAUAGUUAAUGCAUCGCAACCGAAAAGGGCAAAUCAAAACCUACACACGUUUAAGCGUUUAAGCCACUCUGUCUCUUUCUAGCACUCACUUACUUAAAUCUAUAUUGCUAUAAUGCGCCCUAAUAUGACUCCUAACCUCCUCCUCCUCUGACCAAACCCAAUGUCCCAAUGUAAUGGAAAAUACACUCUAACAAAA